AUGGAGAACAAGAAGGGAAUUACGUACGCAAUUUUCAUGGUGCUUCUCCUCUUGGCCUCUCCGGUGGUGGUGGUGCCGGGGGCGGAGGCGAGGAUUUGCCGGAUAAAGAGCGCGCGGUUCUGGGGCCCGUGCAUCUCCGACCGCCACUGCGCUGAGACGUGCAUGAAGGAGGGGUUCGGUGCCGGCGACUGCGAGGGGUUGCGACGCCGAUGCAUGUGCCAGAAGCCAUGUUGAUGCACCAAGCUAUAU